CUGACCGCCGAGGUGUUUUGGCUCGCAGGUGGAGCCGUAGCCCCUGUCUCCUCCGGGGUCCGUGACCGGGAAGCCGGGCGUCCAGGAUCCCUGACAGCGGUCCGCUAUGUCGGAUAGGGACGUGGGGCAGAGUGGAAGCUCGUCGGGGGCCCGAGCGGCGACUGUCAGCGACAUCCACGAGCUGAUGCGUCGCAAGGAGGAGAUCGAGGCGCAGAUCAAGGCCAAUUACGAAGUGCUGGAGGGCCAAAAAGGAGUUGGGAUGAACGAGCCACUGGUGGACUUCGAGGGCUACCCCCGGGCAGACGUGGAUGUGUACCAGGUCCGCACCGCGAGGCACAACAUCAUCUGCCUGCAGAAUGAUCACAAAGCGGUGAUGAAGCAGGUGGAAGAGGCCCUACACCAGCUGCAUGCUCACGACAAGGAGAAGCAGGCACGGGACUUGGCUGAGGCCCACGAGGAGGCCAUGAGCCGCAGGAUGAGCCACAAUGAGGGCCACAGCCUGUCACAGGCCUUUGCCAAAGUGAACAGCAUCAGCCCUGGCUCUCCAGCCAGCAUUGCGGGUCUUCAGGUGGAUGAUGAGAUUGUGGAGUUUGGCUCUGUGAACACCCAGAACUUCCAGUCGCUGCACAACAUUGGCAGUGUGGUGCAGCACAGCGAGGGGAAACCCCUGAAUGUGACAGUAAUCCGCAGAGGGGAGAGACACCAGCUCAGGCUUGUUCCAACACGCUGGGCCGGGAAAGGUCUGCUGGGCUGCAACAUCAUUCCUCUGCAAAGAUGACUGUCCCUGGGAAACAGUAUCAGGAAAGCUUCUUCCCUUGCCCUGCCCGAGGGCCUGGUGGGGAUUUCCUCAUUCUCUUCACUCCCAAAGAGUAAGGAUCUGGAAGAGGCUGGAAGCCGGACGUCUAGGUGGUGGAGAUGCUGUGGCCUCCCAAUGUAUCUCUCUGGAUUAAGGCAUUAAAAACGAGAUUUGUGCUUGGCAUCUUUGGCACAUUGGGCCAUGUCACAAAAUGGGAAUUCUCUGGAUUGUGGGCAAGUGGGCGGGAGUUAUUCUGGCAGGUGCCCAUGUGACUUUAUUCCUUUAGGAAUUUUGUUUUUCAAAUAAACACUGUUUUGCAGUUCUGAUAUGA